AGUCCUUUUGUUCUUGUGGAGAUUUUCUUAUCUGGGAUCCCAUCUCUCUCUCUUUCUCGCUCCUCUGGCCCAGCAGAUCGAAAGCCUCUCAAUCUCUUGACAAUCUCCUUCUCCUUCUUCUCCUCUUUCAUCCAUAGGACUUUUCUUCAUUGCUGCUGCCAUCUCACUCUCUGUUGUGUUUUUGUUCUUCUUAUUGCCUUAAAUUUCCCACCUUUGUGUACUUUAACCACUUGGCUGGUCUUCUUCUGGUCCUUUCUGGCUGCUUUUGCUCCUUUGGGGGGGUACUUGCAUGGUGGAAAGUUUGGAUUUUUAUGGGUGUUACUAAUCUGAUUUGCAUAUGCAGUUUGUGAGAUGGGAUUUGGCCUGAGGAAUGGGGACCAAAGUGCAUUGUGAAAGCUACCUUCCAGGAUAUUACACCAUGAGGGAUCCUAAUGAGGGUGUAAGUAGUGGGUGGUUUCCGUUUUAUGAUCGAAAUUUAAAUGGGCACCUCCAUGGUGGUCUCUUGCCAGAGCCUGUGAAGGGCCAUUUGAACCAUGAUAUGGAGAUUGUUAAAAGGACAAUUCUUGAACAUGAUUCCGUGUUCAAAAAACAGGUAUAUGAGCUUCACCGUCUUUAUAGGAUACAAAAGGACCUGAUGAAGGAACUAAAAAUGAAAGAAUUAACCAAUGGUUCGGUACCGAUUGAUGCAUCCCGGUCAACUUUAUAUCCAUCUCAAAUGCCAGCAGAAGUUACAAAACAUGUGGCGCAGAUGUACCAUUUGCGUGAAGUAAGCAACCAUUAUGAGGGGGUGGCGCCCAUGGAUAAUGACAAUAUGAGGAUCCCUUUGAACUUUUUGAAGGAGAAUGGUGCGCAGACAAGUCCAGCAUCUUCAAUUCCAAAGGCAAAUCGAGUUUCAGUGAAGGAUGGUGAAUCAUCAGGUUCAAAGAUUGCAAGAUAUCCAAAGAGAAUGAUUGAUCUGGAACUUCCUGCUGAUGUAUAUAUUGACUGUGAAGAUACUGAAAAUGUUGAAAUAGGAAAUAUAGGAUCAUCGACUAGUGUUGUAAAUUCUCAUAACAAAGGCAGUGACCUUUUCCCUGAAAACGAUGUGAAGCUGACUCUCAGUGUUGGUAAGGAUCCUAGUGCUAUUGGAGUUUGCUUGCAACCAUAUUCACAAAAUUCUCUAUUCACUCAAAGAUUAUCUGACGGGAAUGAACGAUUCAAAGGUUCAUGUGCUAAGGAAGCACCUAAUCUGGCUUCGAGUGAUUUCUUUGACACAAAAAGUUACAAUGAAAAGAUUCAGGAGCAUCAGAAUUCAACAAGAUCACGCACAAAUUUCCUUGGCCAUGAGAGAGGUUUCUUCAAAGACAAGCAUGGAAAUGAAGGAACAAGAUUGAACUUCUUCCAUGCUAAUGAGGAAGUUAAAAGGGAAUUGCCACUCUUUAACAGUGAAGCGGGGCAAAGUAGAAGCACUGGUAGUUAUUUUAGUCCAAGCCUCUGCAGUGAGAGAGAUCUCAUAUCACCAUCGAAGCCUAAGAAGUUGUAUGAAAAUAAUCAAAGUGAUCAAUGUAGAAGAGAAAAGUGGCUUGGAGAAAAACCGACUUAUUUUCCUGAAUGCUCUGAAAGAGGCCCUCAAUUCACAAAUUCAAGCUAUUCGAGAUCGACCCCUCAAACAGUGCAUCCAUUUUCAGUUCCUCCAACAGAUUAUCUAAUUUCUUCAUCUCAACUAGUUCCAAGCUCCAGAAAACCAUCAAAUGGUAUAACCCACGUCCCCAUUGCAGUUCAAGCUCUUCCUUGUUUUACAGGUUCUUCAGCAACCGGUAUGCAUAAUAGGAAUUCCAAAUCGAGGACUCAGAAUGGAAAGACUCAGGACAUUUACUCAAAUGGUUUCCAUAAUGGUUCUCAGUCAGAUUCUAUUUCUGCUUCACAUCUUUUUCCCACAUCAUUCACUUUGGGCAAGCCAAACCUCAAAACUGGUGAUGAUUUAACUUAUGGAAAUUCUGAAUUUCAUGGACCCCGAAAGCUGUAUAACGGCUUGGGAUCGAAAGACAUGAAAUCUUCAAAUGCAAACCAACAAGAUAAAACAAUUAGUGGCAUUGAGUGGAGGCAUGACGAAUCCUCAGGUGUUAUAUCUUGGCUUGGAGCAAAACCACCGUCUAUGAGGUCAGUUGACGGAAAACAUGCAGAGUUUUAUACGUAUGCAUCUUCUUCUGGAGGUAUGGUUGCUCCAAAAUUUGAAUGGGGACAAGAGAGGGAAAGAUCUCAUAUGUCUACUUUCCUGGACUCGGUUUCAGCUGUGGGGGUCAAGGAAAGAAGAUUUCAGAUAAAUGAAGUGUCUGAUGAUCCGAGCAGUAAAAGGAUACUCGGGUUUUCAGUUACCGAUCAAAUUCAAGCAAAUCUAUCGAAUCCAGUCCUUAAUUCACGUGAAAAACUGUCUUUAUCUGUUAACAGUAAGCACAAGCAAAUAGAUGGCUGUACUGAAGAUCGCAAUUCUAAAAAGCGAGCAUAUAUGAGUGAUUUGUUCUCCGGAACUGGUGCUGCCGGACACAUCAGCAAAGUUCCACCUGAAAGCACUAUUGUGGUAUCUUUUCCUGCAAAAACUACUACUGGUAUUGAUCUGGAAGCACCGAACAAUCAUCUGGAAGACGAUGGCACUCCUUCGGGACAUUUGGGAAUACCAGUUGAAAUCCCAUAUUCAAAAACAAAUGGUUCACUGGAAAAGGACUUGUUUAAUGAUCCUAUUAUUAGAAAUGCUGCAGAGAAUAUCAUCUUUCUGUUGUCUGAUACAUGCGGCUAUAUGAAGGAUGCAUCUUCAUGCCAAUUGUCACCAGGUUCAUGCCAUUCCUUGGAUUGGUUUGCCGAGGUGGUUUCAUCCAUUGCGGAGAAUGCAGGAUCAAGAUGUCAUGAAGACGAUGAGUUGGAUUCGUUCGAGUCCAUGACCCUAAAGCUUGAAGAGGUGAAGGUGGAAGAGUACACCCAGUGGUGUAAACCAAUGGAACAACCAGAUAAUCCUAAAGACGGGGAAGCAAAUGCUGCUUCACUACUAUUCACCAGGCCUCGGAGAGGCCAUGCGAGGAGGCGACGGCAAAAAGACUUUCAGAAAGACAUACUUCCUGGCCUUGUAUCAUUGUCAAGGCAUGAAGUGAUUGAGGAUCUUCAAACUAUUGGGGCAAUGAUGAGAGCUGCAGGCAUGCCAUGGCCAAUGGGUUUGUCAAGGCGUGGCACCGGCCAAGGGAGGGGAAGACGACGAACAAGAAAUGUGGCAGUCACUGUGGUGGAGAAUCCUCCUGUUAGCCCGCCACCGGUACAACCUUCGAGUACAGAAGUUGAAGCAAAUGGUACGUGCAUGGUCGGGUGGGGGAGAAGAACAACACGACAAUGCCGGAGGCAAAGGUAUCCGUCGGGUAAUGUUGCCGUCCUUUUAACUUAAAAAUGUUUAGAGUGAUACAGUUUGUGGUGAUUGAUACUGUCAUACAGGACAAAUGAUAACUGAAAAAAACAAAAAUUGUAGGCAUUGAAUGAAUGCAUUGGCCAUGCUUCUUGAUUC